AUGGCAGCACUUUGGAGACAUCUUUCAGAUACCUAUGACUUCAGGAGAGGGGGUCAGACAGAGGUUCCAGAGAUGGCGGCUGAGCUAAGAGCCAUAUUAGAUGGGCUUCUAUUGGCCAGAGGACUUGGAAUAUCAACUAUUUGGAUUGAGGUAGAUUCAAUGCUGGCCAUUCACUGCAUCACCAAAGGUGGAGGACCAUGGACGAUUCAGGGUAUUCUAAGACAGAUCAGAGACGUCAUUCGCCUUGACAGAGACACAGUUUCUCAUAUCUACAGAGAAGGUAACCAGGUUGCAGAUUCUCUUGCUUCAGAGGGUUGGGAUCACCAGCAUUACCAAGAAUAUGGACCACUUGACCUGCCCCGACAAAUUAGGGCAUUGGUGCAGAUCGACAGAUAUGGAUUGCCCAGCUUUAGAGGUCAGGUUUAUGCCCCCUCCUUUCCUGUACUCUUGAUUUUUAUGAAAUAA